CGAUAGCGAGAUGUCACUUUUCUCAAUUCUUUUUUGUCGAUCGGUCUCAUUGUCAGUUCACAUCACCGAGUAUUGUUCAACCGAAACUCAAUAACGUGACUUCUCAAUAUCAUAUCACAGUUUGUGUUUUCUGCUCUGUCCAUCACAUGCCGAUGGCGAAUCAACGCAAAAAAUAAUCUGUGAGUUGAAUUGAGUUGAGUCGAAACGUUGCGUUGGAUAAAAACAUUGGCGUCAUCAACGGAUUCAAAAUUACUACGGCACGGGUUGAAACACACAAUCCGAACGAGAUAGAGAAAAAGAAUUCAUCAUGAAUUCUUCUGUCACUGUCAGAUCCCCAAAAGCGCCGAAACAGACGAACACUUAUCUUACUGUGAAAUCGACGGACGAUACUUUGAGGAAAGACCAACAGAUUGCAGAACACUCUUCACUCGGUCGCCAUCGAAGUUCUUCACAACCGAGACAAUUUCAACAAACGGAUCUUCUGCCGUCAGCUUUCACAUCCAUGACUAGUAGAAGUUCAUCACAACCUAGAGCAUUACAGAAUGCUCAUUUUCUGGAUGGUUUCAACGUUGCUGAUUGCUUCGACGUUCGUGCUAUCCCAGAUCCACCGUCACCACGUAAUAUCAAGUCUUGCCAUCGUCGUCGCGUAUCGUCUGCUGUGUUGCGACCAAUGUCUUCGAGGGAUAUUACAAAUAGGGGAAACAAUCAAAAUACGGCAACUACUGAUGACGUUGGCGUUUGUACAAAAUCGAGCUCAAGCGUCCGCCGGAAAAGGAAGACUCUUUCUCACGUUCCAUCGACCAUGAUUUCGGGGUGGGAGCAAAACAACGCAACUAAUGCUGCUCGUUCCGCAGGUGACAAGGAAGUCAAGGACACCGAAGUGAAACCAAAGACUCUCGAGAUUAACUUGUGCUAUGAUGACGACUCUUCUAGGAUGGCCAGGGAUUAUGCUAAACGUCGAAAAAAAAGACAGAGCUUGGUUAUACCCACUGAUCUUCCUUUUGAAGAGCAAAACGAUACGUCGAUCAAUAUAUCACCUAAGCCUUCUCAGACCAGCAGCAAAGUCGGCAAAGCUUUCUUUCCAGGUGACUUUAGAAGCAUGCAAAAACUACGUAAUCUCGUUCGGGGAUAUUGUUCUUUAUCGUCUGAGGCAGAACGGGGUGUCUCGAAUGAGGGAAGAGAAAUCGAAUUAUUGACAGGGUAUGGUUUACCUAGAAAAAUGGAAACGGACCAAGUUGGCGAUAAAAGUAAAGCAAUGCUUUCUAAUCGUCGCCUGGUGAUUCAGAAGAUCGCACCUGUACUAACUCAAAUGGAAAAGCGUAAAGAACGUGAUAUUAAACACUGGGAGAACGUGACGAGGUGCCAUGUAAAAAAGUCGGAAAGGUCAGGUAGAUAUCGAUACUACGACGUUCAGAGCAAUGAAAGAGUGGGAAGUCAAGAGUAUAAGAGAAGGUACAUCUCUCACUUGGAAGAUUGUAGGCCCGAGCGAUUAGAAAUGGCUAAAGUUUGGAUGAAUAAGGUCAGCCGAGUGGAUGAGUAUACGGCUGAACAUCAUAACGAAUGUGCAAUCAAUGAUGACUCAAUUGGUAUUUUUCAGCAGGAUUGUAAUUAUAUGGAUUACUGUGCUAUCCAAAAAGAAGCCUUUUCCCCUCCAAGGGAUAAAAAUCUAAGGCGCAUCGAACGUAGAGACGCUGGGUCUAGCGAUACGAUGGACAUCUGCGAUAUGAGCAUGAGCCUUGAUUGUGGGGAACAACAAUCAAGUGAUCCAUCUAUUUUAAGUAGUAACAGCAAUGUAGCGGCACCAUCAUCAGUUUUCGAAAGAAGCGAAAUAGCAGAAAUCAGCGAAGCCUCGUCUGAGGACACCGACGACAAUCCGCAGGAAUCAAGGUCGCCGUCUCCUACUAUGGAUGUCCUUCCAACUAAGCUAACCACAAUGGAAGUGAACGGCACUAUUAUACGUGCGGUCGAUAACCAUGAGAAAGGAAAAUCCAUCCUUCUAGAAGCUCGCGACGACGAUGGGGUUAAGGGCGGAAACAAUGACACAAACAAUCAUACUUUGCUUCCAUUUCCAGCACGAGAUAGUGAAUCCAUCGAUCCGGAAAUUGCAGCUGCCGAGAGAAGAUUAUGGGAUAAAAUUGAUCUCGCGUUGCACGAAUACUCCAACGAAGUCAUGAAUAUUGAAAAACGGAAGCAAAAUCGAUUGGCAUAAGUGUUCGUCUUGUUGGACAGGGAAAACCAACAGAAAUUAAAGUAUCAAAUGUACGCAUACUUCUAGAACUGCUUGAUAGACCAUCGAAUAGUUUUAUUAACAAACUCUAAUAUAAAAUAAAAGUGUUC